AUGGCGAUAUUAGUGUCCAAAUUACGAGUGGUUCCUAAAACGUCCAUUAUCAUGGAAAGGCCAAGCAGUAUGAGGUAUCUGGGGAUCACCCGCCCCCUCACAUACCCAGCCAGGCAGAACGGCCAGCUGAUGGCCAAGAUGAUCCUGGGGGUGUGGCUGGUGUCCGCCUCCAUCACCCUGCCACCCUUCUGCGGCUGGGCCAAGAACGUCCACGCGGGCGGCGUGUGCCUCAUCAGCCAGGACUUUGGUUACACCAUCUACUCCACGGCUGUGGCCUUCUACAUCCCUAUGCUCGUCAUGCUCUUCAUGUACUACAAGAUUUUCAGGGCCGCCCGCAAGAGCGGCCUCAAGCACCGCUUCACCGACUUCACCCGGCGCGAGCGGCUGGAGACGGUGGCAAGCGAGGCACUGAGGAUGCAGGGCCUGAAGCCGCAGGGCGUGGCCGAGGAGUGUGCGGUGCUGUCCCGUCUGCUGACCCGCGAGCGCCGCAACAUCUCCAUCUUCAAGAGGGAGCAGAAGGCUGCCACCACACUGGGGGUGAUCGUGGGCGUGUUCUCCAUCUGCUGGCUGCCCUUCUUCAUCCUGUCCACGGCCAGGCCCUUCAUCUGCGGAGUGGAGUGCAGCUGUGUGCCCAUCUGGCUGGAGAGAUUCCUCCUCUGGCUGGGCUACGCCAACUCCCUCAUGAACCCCUUCAUCUACGCCUUCUUUAACCGGGACCUGCGCUCCACCUACAAGGAUCUGCUGCGAUGCCGCUACCGCAACAUCAACCGACGCCUGUCCGCCGUAGGUGUGCACGAGGCCCUUAAGGUGUAGGAGGAAGAGGACAAUGACAAGGAGGAGGGGAGUUUGGGGUCCCAGAAGCAUCCAAGGAAUUUAUAAUCCUGUCCUCAUUGUAAAGACUACUGGCUGCUACUCUUUGUGAUUGUAUAAUAGAGGCUCAGAGGGAUGACCUGUGACCUGUAGCUGUAGAUAAAGACACAGACAGACUGUUAAUACCUCUCUAACCCGCUGUAGAGGCACAGAGACAAGGCCAUCACUUAGGCCUGUGUCUGUCUGACUCACUCAGUCAUUCUAUUUUGGGACACAAAACCARAGACCGUAUUUGACGGCCUAUUCAAGUUGACACUGGCUUUGUGCAUAUGCUACAAUUCAGUCCUGACUUCAUAUUCAUGUCAGGAAGAUAAUGCAUUGACUUGGGAAAUCACAUGCGGACCCUGGCGAUAAUUCUAGGUCAUUAAAAGCAUGGGCUGCAAAUGGAUUUCUGCACAAUGAUAUUUGCUAAAUUAAUGCUUGCGCAAGGGGUGCCAUUGGCUAUUGACUUAAACCAGUGAAGGUCGCUGAAUCUGUAUCUAUGUAACUGUUUCCAGUUCAACUUGUCCGUGGUCUAGUAGGUGAUGAUGGUGAACAAUUGAAAGUGGUCUGUAUAGGUACAUGUGAAUCUUUUAUUUUUUGGAGGCAGGCAAGUGUUAAAUGUUCACCAACAAAAACACUGCAAAACAGAAAGCAUCCAUUGUCAGUUUAUUUUCAGACAUGCCAUUGAACACAUCUAUCUCUGCAAAGUCAACCCAAUGGACAGCCACACAGACCCAGGGGAAACACACACAGUACAUGGCCAAGAUGAUAUAUUCCUUUGGAAUAUAAAUCGUAAUGUGAAUGAAGGCUAACAAACAAAAGUUAAUCUUGUAAUGUUACCACAAAGCACUUGAGGGUGGUAGGGAUAACAAGCCUGUGAUUGGACGUGAUUUAAUGGGGAAGAUGUUAGAGAGGUGGUACAACAAGUAGACCUAAUGGUUAGAGUUGGAGAAUGUUCUGGAACUAGCUACAUACAUCUCUGAGAAAUGCCCAUUUACAAAAUCKACAGGAACCCUCAUCACUUCAUUUUGCAUUCAUUGUUCAGUCUGCUUGAAGCUCACAUCUGUCUAACAUGCUAUGCAUUAUCCAUGGAAGAGCAGAAUGUUGUGCAUAGUCAGUUUGACAUAGCUCAGCAGCACAGUGGGUCAUACUUAACUUCACCCUAGCACACUUAGGCACAUACGUGUAAAACAUGUAGAAGGUGCCCACUGGGCACACACUGGUUGAAUCAACAUUUUUUCCACGUCAUUCUAAUUAAAUGACGUUGAACCAACGUGGAGUAGACGUUGAAUUGACGUCUGUGCCCAGCGGGUGAUGACAGAUCUUAAACAUUUUCUCCAAGUUGAGUUUUCACAACAUACACAAAGAGUUGGUUGGCUACACGAAACAGACAGAUUUUCCCUACUGAUUUGUUAUCAAUUUGUUCAACUAUGACCCAUUAAGGAAAGGCACUCAUUGUGCUGAUGAGGUUCUCCCAACAAGGAAUGAGUCCACCCAUCAAAGUCUUCAUCGCUAAUGCCUGAAGCAGCAGGUGUUGCUACUUCUGCUCUCCUUCAUAGCAGGAUAUGGUCAAAACUUUUAUGAACUCUGCAUCAACUUGGUUUAUUCACAACAACUCUGUUCUGUUGUAAUCUGUGUAAAAAUUGUAUAAUUGAAGCAGUGUGUGCUUUUCUCUACCUCGAUUUUCGGAAAAUACUUGUUAAUUAUUAUUGCAAACAGAUAUAUUCCUGGCUUGCACUAUAUUUUGUCAUAUGAUUCCUUGUUAUUUAAGUGUCUAGUGUCGACGACAUUCAUUGACAWACCCUUCUACAACUGCUUUGCCAACGUUACUCUCCAAAAUGUACCUGGAGAAAUUAGAGUAUAUUUCUUUCAUCACUUUGUAAAUAA